GGCUUUUCAUCAAUCCCUCGAUUCGGGCACCCGAUAGGUCCAGUGGAGAUGUGACCCUUUUCUAUGAUAGCCCCAAAGGCGGGGUCCUGUCCAGUUAAUCCAUCCCGUUGUGUUGGCGUAGAGGCAUUGUUGCUAUUAACGUUGCCCCUGCGUUGCCCCGAACGCUCUCCCCAAUUUCCCCAUUUUACUGCCAGAUAUUGCUUUAGAAACUCCGAUUAGGAUUUUUUCCUAAAUUUAUAGAAUCAGAAAAACUAGAAACAAAACAAAUUUGAAAAAAUGACCAAAAUACUGCUGGGCACACUUGCUACGGAGCUGUUGCUCCACAUAUUUCACUCCUGCAGCUCAGUCGCCGAUGUUCUGAACCUCUCCUUAACCUGUCGUCGCCUGCAUGAUGUAUUCUCUGCUUCGCAAAAGCUUCCCAUACUUGCCAACGCCGUGGAGGCCGAGUUUGGACCCCUGGAAGAUAUAAUACAACUGGUCACUCAAAAUACCAGCCAGCCUACGCAUGUAUCUCGUGAGGCACCGAUAUCCCUCGCUUUGAUCCAACAAGCUGUCGAAGUUGGCCGCGUGGCCAAGAAAUGGGAGGUGAUCUAUCCAAUCAAGAAGUGGAAGGUGGAUUUUGAAAAUCGUCGAGUCUUGGACACCCAUGAAUGUUUCGUGCUGCGUCGAGCCGCAUACCGUCUUUGGCUGUACUCAAGGGCCUUCCACUGCCAAUUAUUUCCGCGAACCAGUCGCACUCUCCCUUCUGUCGUCCGUGAGCGGGCUGAACUCUUGCACAACUGGCCCACAAGCGAGCUAGCUGAGAUCGAAGAUUUUCGAUUGGUUAUGCGUGAGGUUGUACAGAGCCAGAUCUGCCCGAGCAAUGAGACGAUCCAAAGAAAGUUUCAGAAAAGGUUCCCGGAGAACACACCGACAUCAACUCAUAUCCACCUAAACUGUCGUUCACUGACACCGCCCCCCUUGUUCCCACUCCUCAACUUCCACGCCAAACCAGCACCUACCUUGUCGUCUAUCGAUAGGAAUAAUUGCCAUUUCCACGCCCAGCCAACAUCUCGCGACAAAAGCAUAAACAGCAACAACAUUGUCACCUCGACAGUUAACAAAUACGCAAUCAAAUUCCGCUCCGAUCUCUACCACGAGCCCGGAAUGGAAGGCUGGGGCGACCAGAUUCACCAUUACUAUGUCGUCGAGGACAUGAUGAAGCUGGACCCGUCACAGGUUCUAUGGUUGAGAGAAAACGCCCCCCUCAAGGAACAGGUAGAAAGCUACGUUCGAUCGAUGGGCGACUGGUUCGACAAUAAUGGCGAGACAUUCGGGCAAACGCUGGAAUGGGUAAUGGGUGAACGUGGAGGGGAUUAUAUGGAGUUGCAUUUUUCGAUUGUUGAUGGGGAAGCAGGUAUUGCGAAAGUGAAAAGCUGACGGUAAUCCUUGUUGAUGUAGCAUCCAUCGUCUUCUCUCUUUAUUAUCUCCUCUGUUCUUAGCCUUAGAUGUAGAUAUCUAUAUAUCGUUCCGUUUGGUAUAUUUGGCUUUAUUGCUGUUGUCCCCCUUUCCUGCUUUAGUUCGUUUUGUCGCUUGAUUUACUUGUUUCGAGGUAAUGUUUGGAUUUUGAAGCUUAGUUUCUCCGAAUGACAAGAUCACAUACCUAUUAGGCGACGUUGAUAGUG